UUGUAGUCUUCCCGGACACAUCGGCUGGCAGAAGAUCACUUCAGAGCACGAGUGAGAAGAGCAGAGAAGCAGAGAUGAGUCAUGAUCAACGUGAAUCAGUCUGUCACAAGCUUUCCAGGGAACUCAGACAUUUCAAAUGGAGGGAAAUUUUCACAUGGAAGCUCCUGAAAACGCUGGCCAUGGGCCAGGGUCUCUCAGCACUGAUUUGCGGGACUGCAGUCACAUCUCAAUACCUGGCCACAGAAUUUCACCUGGACGUACCAAUGCUCCAGAGCUGCAUCAAUUACACACUUCUAUGCCUCACCUACACUACUGCACUGUGUUUUAGAAAAGGCAAUAAAAAUAUUCUGCAGAUCUUAAAGACAAAAUGGUGGAAAUAUGUAUUGUUGGGGCUGGCAGAUGUGGAGGCAAAUUAUGCAGUGGUGAAGGCUUACCAGUAUACCACACUAACCAGCAUACAGCUCUUAGAUUGCUUUAUUCUCCCAGUGCUUCUGGUCCUGUCCCGGGUCUUCCUGAAGUCACGCUACAGAAUUAUUCACUAUGUAGCUGUGUGUGUGUGUCUGGCUGGUGUAGGGGCCAUGGUUGGAGCAGAUCUAGUCUCAGGCAGAGACCAAGGAUCGAUAUGUCAUCAUACUGAAUGCUACAUUGCUGUGACUUCAUCAGGCAGUAACAUUCUGCUGGGAGAUGGCCUGGUUAUCAUCAGUGCCACUCUGUAUGCAGUCUCCAACCUGUGCCAGGAGUACAUUGUGAAGAACGAGAGCCGGGUGGAAUUUCUAGGGAUGGUGGGCUUCUUCGGGACACUGAUCAGUGGAAUACAGCUAGGUAUUUUAGAACAUGUGCAGGUGGCAAAUAUUCAGUGGACGUGGCAAAUUGCUCUGCUCCUGUGUGGGUUUGCUGUGUGUAUGUAUACACUGUACAGCUGCAUGCCUGUGGUGAUCAGCAUGUCCAGCGCCACAGCAGUUAACCUCUCCCUGCUUACAGCUGAUCUCUUCAGCCUCUUCUGUGGCCUUUUCCUUUUCCAGUACACUUUCUCAGGGCUCUAUGUUGUGUCUUUAAUGGUGAUCAUGGUGGGUUUCAUAAUGUUCAACGCCGUCCCUACACCAAACCAAACUCCUGAACCAGUGUGUGAGGACGGAGGACAUGACAACCAGGCUGCUGAGAUCGAUGAUGAGAGACAAGUGGGCUCUGAAGUCGAGAAUCAAGAGAAAGGCCAGACUGAUUCCAGUGGAAAGAGUCUUCCAGCUGAAAACGGACACGGAUGUGUUUUAAGCAGUGUUAAAUUGUAAGAUCAGAAACUUCAGGUCAACACUGCAUGUGGAUUUAGUUUAGACUGAUGAUGUCAUUAUGCUGAUGCUAACUUACUUCUCACAAUAUAUAAAUGCCUAUACUUGAAUGACAGCUGGAUUUAGGUCACAUUUAGGAGUCUGUUGUUUUAUUUCAUAUUUGAAAACAUCGGCUGUCACUCUCUUUAUGUUUUAGAUAUUGAAGCAGAUGAACUAAAAAUUUGCCAAAAAAUCUGCUAUACCAUACCAAUUUUUAUACAGACUUUAAAAAUCUAUAGUCUCUAUAAAAAAUAUAUAUAUUGCUGUAAAGAAAAAAAAAAAAUCAGCAAGUCAAAUGAAAAAUGAUAAUGACAGGUAAAAUCUCUAAAUGUAUUUAUUUAUUACAGAAUAAUAUUUUUGUUCCGUUUGUUCAUUUCUGUACUAUUUCUUCACAUUUAAAUUUAAAGAAAAGAAUAAUAGGUAAUAAAUAGUGUAUGAUGAAACUUGAAUUUUGGCAUGAAAAACCGUCUAUUCUUUAUUAUACUGCAUUUCUUGUAUUGGUUAAGGUGAGUUGUGCAAUAAAGA